UCAACUUCCUGGAGACCGUCGCCAAGUUUGCCCAGCUGUCCGAGAACCCCGUGGUCACCAUAUUUGUCGCCAGCAUCCUUGGUGUCUAUCUCCUUCUGCUGCUCUGGGCGCGGAGGAUUGAUAGAAACAACAAGGAGAAGGCCAUGGUGAUCAGUCUUCCAGACAAUGACCCCCUAGCAACCUAUACCUACACAGUCAGUGUGUUCACUGGGAGUAGAAGAGGAUCUGGAACUUCAGCCAAUAUCACUAUUACUCUCAUAGGCAGUAAUGGUGAAAGUGACCCCCACCUGCUGUCCAGCCCUCAACGAUCUAAAAUAUUUGGACAGCGUGGAGCUGUGGACUUCUUCAUCAUCAAAACUGCAGCAAGUCUUGGGGAAGUUAAGAAAAUAAGACUGUGGCAUGAUAAUUCAGGGAGUGACCCAGCAUGGUUUUUGAGCAGAGUUGUCAUCCAUGAUUUGAAGGCAGAUCAGAAGUUUUAUUUUAUCUGUCACAGCUGGCUGGCUGUGGAUCUAGGAGACGGCCAGGUCGACCAGGUUUUCAGCAAUGCCACCGACGACGACAUCAGAAAUUUCACACAUCUCUUUAUAAGUAAGACAAAGAUUGGUCUGACAGAUGGUCAUCUUUGGUUCUCCAUCUUUGCGCGACCCACCAUCAGUCAUUUCACCUGUGUCCAGCGCCUGUCCUGCUGCCUGUGCCUCCUGAUGACCACCAUGCUGACCAAUAUCAUGUUCUACCAAGUGGACACUGGGCCCACAGAGAAAGCAGUGGACCUGGGCACUGUGAAGUUGACAUGGUCGCAGUUCAUCAUAGGAGUGGAGUCUGCCCUGUUCAUGUUUCCCAUCAGCAUCCUGAUAGUGGAGCUGUUCCGCCUGUCCAAGGCCAAGCCGUCAGCUCUGGAGACAUCCUGGAGUGACACCAAUCUGGACCAACAAGAUGACAGACACACUGAGAGCAAUGUCAAGUAUGGCAAACUUAAAAAUAUCUCCAGCAUAGAGCUGGAAUUCAAGUCUCCUGUAGAGAGCGCAGUGUCUCUACCAGCUGGAAGUGACGAAGGUGCUUUAAGGUCUGUGGUGUCAGAUGCAAGUACUGGUUUCAAGUCUCCUAUCCAGAGUGAUCAGUCCGUGGUGCCCCCUGGUGUCCAGAUGGAGCAGUCUGUGGUGCCCCCUGGUGGUAAUUAUGGCAGACCUGACACACCUCUCCACAGCUUUCCACUGCAGUCCUCUUCCACUUACCAGAGUAUCGUCACCAAUGCCUCCAGCCUGAGCAUCACGGCCUUUAAAUCACCAUACCCUAGCACAGAUGAGAUGGGAUGCACUUUGGACGGACACACUGUGGAUGCCAGAAGCUUUAAGUCUGUCAUUUCUGGAGGUCCGUCGUAUGGAAAACUGGGCGACAGGCCUGCUACAGUGCAAUUCCACCAGGAGGUUGAGAUUAUAGGAGGCGAGGGCUCACAGUUUCCUGAAGAUGAAAGUGCCAAUAUAACACCCAGUGAUAAUGAAGUGAGGUCAGUAGAAGAUGUGGACAUUGAAAUAGAUCCAAACUGGGCAGGCAAAGGGAAUAAAGGGAGUGGUUCCAAAUAUUUUGCUCAAUUCAAAGAUGAGGAAGGGGAUCAGGGCACAGGUGGUGCUCCUGGUCAACAUUUCCAAGACAGCCCAAAAGAUCAAGAAGAAGAAGAUGACAUUUUACCCGAGUAUGCCUUUGAGGCGGUCAGCCCAGACGGCAUGCUGCCUUGGUGGUUUAUCUACAUAGGCUGGGCCUUUGUGGGUUUGACCACCCUAAGCUGUGGGUUCUUCACCAUCCUGUAUGGCUUGUCUUAUGGGUUUCGCACAUCCAUAUCGUGGGUGGUGUCCAUGCUGACUUCAUUUUUUACCAGCGUUCUGUUCAUACAGCCCGUCAAAGUGAUUGGGCUGGCCGUGUUCUUCAGCUUGGUCUUCAAGAUGCCUGAUGAGGCAGAAACUGUUAUUGAUCCCAAAUUGGUGGAUGCUCUGGAACAUUUUGGCAAAGAGGACUCAGAAAAAAUACAACAGAUACAGUUACACUUGAACCAGUUGCGCUGUGACCCGCGUUACAAGCCACCUGCCCACAAAACCCUCAAGUCCGCCAAACAGCUGAGGUACCAGCAGAAGAGGAUGUACGCCAUCAUCCGAGAAGUGAUCGGCUACAUCAUCUACUGCUGGCUACUAAUGCUGAUGGCCUAUGGACAGAGAGACCCACAAGUCUACUACCUCAACAAGUCCCUCACGGAUCUGUUUGUGCCCAAUUUUAUGCAAGUGAAGACAUUUGAUGAUUUCUGGGUCUAUGUCAAAGACACGGCUAUAACUAACCUGUAUGACCAGGAGGACCCGGGGUUCCUGACUACCAAGGCCGCUUAUCUGGUGGGCUCUCCAAGGCUCUUGCAGAUCAGAGUGAAAGGUGGCACCUGCAAAUCCCCCAUUGGCGCCCUGGCACACAUGAUCUGUGCCUCCACUUAUGGUCCAGACACAGCUGACAAGACGAGCUACAACCAGUCCUGGCAAGCUCCGCUGAUGAAUGGCAGCGUCAGCGCGGACAACUUGCCAUGGGUGUACCAGACUCCGGCGGAGCUGCAGUACAUGUGGCAGAGUGGGAUCCUGGGCGAGUAUGGCCACUGGGGAGGCUAUGUGGCGGAUUUGGGCAGAACUGUAGAGGGCGCCACUUCCCUGGUUCAGUCCCUUCAGGACGCCACUUGGUUGAAUGAAGGGACGCGCAUGGUGGUGCUGGAGUUUACGGCGUACAAUGCAAACGUCAACCAGUUCACCAUGAUUUCCACCCUGGUUGAGGUUUCCGUUGGCGGGGGACUAGUGCUGACACCUACAGUCAGUAGCAUGCGGCUGUACCGCUACCUACAGCAGUUUAAUCUGUUCGUCAUGGCCUGUGAAAUCAUAUACUGCAUCUACGUCCUCUACUUCAUCGUGGCCGAGUGCAUGGCGCUGAAGGAGCGCGGGUGGAGCUACUUCAUAAGCGGCUGGACCUGGAUCAGCAUCAGUUUGAUCAGCGUGUCGUUGGCGGGCAUUGGAACCUACAUUGCCAGGAGCAUCGUGACGAUUGCCGUCAUGGAACGGUUCAAACGGGACCCGUCGGCUUUCGUCAACUUUGAGCAGACCGUCUUGCUGGACAAGGCCCUAGGGUACCUCAUUGCUGUCUUGGUAAUGUUGUCCUCCCUCAAAUUUAUAUCUAUACUACGGUUUAACCCGGUGGUGCACCUUCUUACGCAGACCUUCGCCAAGGCUGCCGGGCAGAUACUCUGGGCCGUUGCUCUCGUGGUGGCUUAUUUCAUCGCCUACGCCUUCCUGUCCAACCUCAUAUUUGGGCGCCACCUGUAUUACUUCAGAAACUUCCGAGUGAGCAUGGAGUCCAUGUUCGGUUUCAUUCGCGGCGGUUACGAUAUCGAAGCGAUGCAGGAGGUGCACUGGCUUGUGGCGCCGUUCAUACUGAUGUCGUUCGUGAUCGUGGUUAUCUACGUGUUCCUGGCGCUGUUCAUUGCCAUACUGACCAGCGAAAUUGGGGUAGAGAGGCAGUACGGAGGCCCCCAGGAAGACGCGGAUUUGAUUCGACUUGGGAUUGAGAAAGUCCGGGAACUUUUGGGACUGGGCAGGCAGAAAAAAUAAACCUCAGCAUUGGAUUGAUUCUA